AUGGAGGACUCUGAGAGGAUGGACAGCAUGAUCAAACGCAUCCGGGCUCUCACCCAGCGUUGGGUGCGCACGCAGAGACGGCGCACUGAAGUCGACGGGGAAAGCGCACCGUUAUCAGACAACGUCCAAGGUACUACCAUCAGUUACCGCUUCAACGGGGCGACUAGUAUAUUCAGUCGAAUGAGGGUACAUUUGACGCGGUCUGGCGAGGAAACCACUGCCAUCGAGCAGGGCGGUGAAGAACAACGCGAAUCAUAUCCUAUGCAAAACCUCGACGAACCUCGACGCGUUGUAGAAGUCUAUCCAGCGCGCAGCGACCCGAGAUACUUGGCGGGUAACCUCCCCGACAUGACAUGGUGGCAGAUCAUACAAGUUCUAUUCUUCUGCAAAGCGAUCGAAGACGUUGUGGACGCUGAUCGGCAGACGAAUACUACAGCCCAGCCAACGACGACAGGAAAUGUUAACCAAGCCACUGAGCCUCGUACAGCAUGA